AUAGAGUGAGUGCGAAUCUCAAGUGCAAGAGACACUAAAGUAAAGCACUUGCUACACACUUGGGGUGCAGUCGGAACUUUUAAUUGUUUGACUUGGCAAGUGCUUGUCUGGAGACUUUCCCCCGAAACCCAGAAAAAGAAAUGUGCAAAAGCGGAAAGGCGUAAGAGCAAACCGAUUACCUCUUGCCAGAGCGUCAAAUUGUUUAAGUUUGGCGAAGAGUGUUGUUCUCCAAACAAACAACAAGAGAACACUCUCUUAAAGACCGAAAACAGUGUGCGAAAUGGUUUAAAGUGUAGGAAAAACAAUGGCAGAUAUGGAUUAUAUGGAGGCAAUAGCCAGCAGCAGCAGCAGCAACAGCGGCAGCGGCAGCAGCAUAUCAACCACAGAAGCAACAACAACCUCCAGCGAUGGCAACGCAACAGCGGGAAACAGCGGCAACUCAAGCAUGGCCAUCGGCACGACUACCGACUCCACGGAUUACAUGUCCGGGGAUGAUGAGGAGAUGCUACGCAUCGCCUUCUUCAUCGGGGACUUUGUCCAUCAGUACUACAUUCCGAUACUCUGCUGCACGGGCAGCAUCGGCAACAUCCUCUCCGUGUUUGUCUUCUUCAAGACGAAGCUGCGAAAGCUAUCGUCGAGCUUCUACUUGGCGGCGUUGGCCGUCAGCGACACCUGCUUUCUGGGCGGACUCUUUGCCCAGUGGCUGAACUUCCUCAAUGUGGACAUCUACAACAGGAACUACUUUUGCCAAUUCUUCACAUUCUUCAGCUACCUGGCCGCCUUCUGCUCCGUGUGGUUUGUGGUAGCCUUCACCGUGGAGCGCUUUAUAGCUGUCAUCUACCCACUGAAGCGCCAGACCAUGUGCACUGUACGCCGGGCCAAGAUAGUGCUCUCGUGCCUCACUCUGGCCGGAUGCCUGCACUGUCUGCCCUACAUCCUGAUUGCCAAGCCCGUCUUUAUUCCCAAGUUAAAUGCCACCAUUUGCGAUCUCAACUCGGAAUAUAAAGAGCAGCUGGCCCUGUUCAACUACUGGGACUCGAUUGUCGUCUAUGCGGUGCCCUUCACCACCAUUGCCGUGUUGAACACCUGCACGGGCUGCACAGUGUGGAAGUUCGCCACCGUCCGACGGACCCUCACGAUGCACAAGAUGAAGCCACAGACAACCAGCAUGCCAUCGAAUUCGACGAGCCCCUCGGCAGCUGCCUCGUAUCGUAUUUCGACAUCGUUGAAGCGCCAGAAGUCCACUGGCACACAUCCGAGUGGACAGCAUAGUGUGGCCAGGCAACAGCAGCAGCAGCAGCAGGAGGAGCACCAGCAGGAGCACCAGCAGCAGCAGCAUAUAAACAGUUGUCAGCACCAUUGCGAGAUUACAAAGAAGUCAGAUCGUCGUCACAAGGUGCAGAACUCCUCGCAGCUGAAGGUGACCAAAAUGCUGCUCAUUGUCUCGACGGUUUUCGUGUGCUUGAACUUGCCAAGCUGCCUGCUGCGCAUCGAGGCCUACUGGGAGACCGAAUCGGCCAGGAAUGAGAACUCAACAAUUGCUUUGCAAUAUAUAUUUCACGCUUUCUUCAUCACAAAUUUCGGCAUCAAUUUUGUGCUCUACUGCGUCAGCGGACAGAAUUUUCGCAAAGCAGUGCUGAGCAUUUUCCGGCGAGUAUCCGCCGCCCAACGUGAGGCGGGCAACACUCAGGUGACAGUGUCGGAAUAUUGCCGUAAUACAGGCACCUCCACCCGUCGGCGGAUGAUGACGCAGCAUUGCUGGAACGAAAUGCACGAGUUGCAUCCACUCAAGUGAGGCCAGUAGGGUGGAAGCUAUAAAGCGGCAGCCGUGCCACUACAUCUACAUCGACGGGGGCCCCACUCUUGAAAGGCGAAUGGCAAGUGGAGGAGAAACAGCGCCCGGGGAUAAGCGAGAAUUUCGAUUUUAAUUAGAUUGCAGCAAACAAAACACGAAAAAAAUGUACGAAAAAAAAAGCUAAGAUAAAGCACACAGAAAACGAAGAGUCCAAGAAAAAAUUAGUAUUCAGAGUAUUCAAGACACAAAAAAUAAAAAAAAAGGUGCAGGGAAAAAUUUGUUUGUGAUGUUUGCUAAGGCCAAGUAAAAGGAAAUUGCACAGAAAAUAGAAAGAACAAAAUUAAAUUUAAAUAAAAGUAGACAAACAGCUACAUUUUGAAGUGUUUAAAUAACCGCGUAGAAUUAAAAAUGAAUCGACUCUUUUUGUUUCGCUUAAUUAAACCAAAACUUUAGCCUAAUUCCAAUCUAAAAUCCCUGAAAUUGGAAUCUAAUUGAAAAUGUCAAUAUCGAAAACCAAACCAAAAACCAAAGAAACCAAAAACCAAUGAUAUCAAUGUAUGACAGUUUAAUCGAGCGAUGUAUAAAUGUA